AUGCUCGCCCGAAUAUCAAUAAUAUUACUCGUUGUUUGUCUUAAUUCAGCGACAGCACAACUUUGGCAUACAGGCGAUAAUGCGACGGUGAAGGACUGCAAUGCUAACUGUGACAAAGAUGAGGGGUGCUGGCAAAAGACGAUUCAGUUUUAUGAAAAAACGCUGAUGGCCCAAUUACGGGGAUAUGUAUCGGUGCAAGUUAGUAUUGACCAGUGGAUGAGACGACAUGGUGACAAAAAAGGCCAAGAUUAUGCAGCGGCGCUUGUGGAAGCCCAAAAUUCGAUGAAUGGCAGGCUGAACCCAGCUGGAGAUGUCGUCGAUUCGUCGACAAUUUCAGUGGUGAUCAAGUCAUUAUUCGACAAGAUAUCAGGGUAUUCGGAUGACAAAAAAAGCUUCAUCCCGCACUUUCAAUGCCCAUUACCCUGUGGAUAUCGGCAUGACAUGUACCGAAAUCUCUUCUUUGCAUCGCUUUUUCUCAACAUCUGCCUCGCGGUCUCGCUGGUGCCUUUGAUUUACAAAUUGGGAAAGCAAAGGCCACUACCAAGGAAAGCAGCUCUAGUCGCAAAGGAU